AUGGACCGUCGCAAGCAGGUCAGGUCCGAAGAUUCGGGAUAUUCCAUUACUGAAUCGAUCAAAGAUCUUGCUCUCACUGGUUUCCAGUUGGCAAAAGAUACCUUUUUUUCCCCGGAGGAAAUCGCUGCUGCAAAGCCAGAAGAAAUCCUUUCCCGCAUGCUGUCGACCAAAUCCUAUAUAUCAACUACCUCUAGCCUCGCGGAACUGAACAAUGCAGCCCGAGGUAAUCCGUCGCAACAACAAUUCCUGGAGAUCGGAAAAGGACAGUGCGGUACUGUCUACGCCAUUGUUGGAACUGAUACCGUCGCGAAACUUCCCAAUUCCCUGGUUAAGGUCCCCCAACUGCUUGCUGACUUCAAGAUGCACGCCUCUGUCAAGGAAGCAAUGGAAGAUGUUGAGAAUCUGAUGAAACUGGAAAUCCACAUUCCCAAGUUGUACAGCUGGGAAACGCCCAAGUCAAAAAGUUUCUGGACCAACAACAGCCUUCGUUUCCCACAGACUGCAGAUGCGCAGAAUUUCGCUAUGAUCUCAAGCCGUGUUUUCCCCCUCCCCCUCCCAGUUAGGGAAGCUAUAGUCGAUGUUCUUUGCCCUCCAAGCAUUCAGAAACACAAGUCGGAGUUCCUGGCCAAGCCAGAGAAUAUAAACUGCUUGAUUCGGGUCUAUCUCGGACGCCGAAUGAUGAACAAGAAUAACCCGAAUGUGAAGAAUUUCAAAUUGCGAAAUUUCCCACUACAUGUCAACGAAAUGGAGGAUUUGAAACUGGACACCUGUGCGUUUGCCCAUGUUAUGGCCCAAACCCUGGCCAUUCUACACUGGAAAGCUGGCGUUGAUGGCAACGACAUCGAGUUCAUCCUUGGUAGCUCCCCCUUGUUGUCUCAAAUGCCGCGGUCAGAUGAGAUUACGGAAGAGGACGAGUGGUCGCUAGGAGAUCGGUUUGAUUUUUCUCGCCGGUCAAUCAGCAUGUGGCUCAUCGAUUUUAAUAUGUGCGCAAAGUUUGAGGAGAACCCUGCAGGUCUGAAACAAAUCGUGGACGCUUUUACCUGGAACGACCCCUACUACCCAUCACCUGAGUUGACCACUGCUAAGGAUAAAAAGCUUUGGUCCGAGUUUCGCAAGCGGUACCUUGAGGUUAGCCGUGUUCUGACUACAAGCGCAAUGCCUGGGCGUUUCAUUGCCGAAAUUGAGAGCCGAGGACGGAAGGCAAAUGUUGGGGAGCUUUUCUGA